GAGAGAGAGAGAGAAAUAAUUGAAUACUUGAAACAAUAUUUUAGAGCAAAUUUUUAUAUUGAAUUCAAGGCUGACAACAGCUGAAGGCGAUAUCGGAUGAGAUGUGAUGCGAUGGGUGUGUAUGUGUUGUGUGGAUGAAGAGUACGCCGAUAUAUGUUGUGAUUGCUUUGAUUAUCUCUCUAAAUGGACAUCACUUAUAGGUGUCUAUGAUGUCCUUCAAAUCAAAACUAAUUUCACAAAAUCUUCCGAAAAUGAAAGCCAUCGCACUCAUUGUUGCAUUGGGUCUCAUCGCAUGCGUGAGCGCCGGUAUCCUCUCACCUUAUGUUGGAUAUUCCGGUUAUUAUUCGGCUCCUGUUGUUUCCCGAUCUUACGUGUCGUCCCCAUAUGUCUCCUCAUAUGUUUCCCCAUAUGUUUCUCCAUAUGUUUCCUCAUAUGUGGCCACCGCUCCCGUUGUUAGAAGUUAUGUCUCACCCGUUUCAUAUACCAGUGCCUAUGCCUCGCCGUAUGACACUUACUCCUAUCUCCUCAAGAAAUAA